AUGGCUUCUUCCGUGCGCUCCUCGUUCCGUGCGCUCCUCGUCCCGUCCGCCACAUACACACUCAGCACCCUCUGGAAAACACCCCGGCCGCAGCCGCAGAGUCGGAUGUACGCGCCUGCCCUCUGGUGUCUUCUCGUGUCGAUGGGGGAGGCCGUGGGAUAUGUUAAUCUUGAAGGAGUCGAUGUGGCACCCCUUCGGGGCGUCCUGCAUACUUUCUUGGCGUUCUCUGUGCUUGCCUUUGUCGAGCCGAUCAGGCUGAAUAGACAGGACAUCAGUCCCUUUUUCCACGUCACCAACAUCGUCGCUUUGGCUCUCGACGUUUCUCUUUUUUAUGCCAAUUUGGCCUUGGUCGCGGUGUUCCUCGGCGUUGUCUACGUGGUCGAGGUGGGACUUACCCGCGUCUACGGGCCGGGCAUCUCGUUUGCGUCCGUCUUGACCAGCCAGCUCAGAGUCUUGGAGAGUCAUUUUGGCAGCUCGGUUUUCGUCGCCACGGCUGUGAUUGGGCCGCUCACGGAUCUUCCGGAGACGAAACGCAUCGAUAAGAAUGAAGUGGUGGUUGUGGGCGUCGAGAUAGAUGUAGAGACAUACUACGAGAAGCGCGAAUAUCCCUUCCCGUGCUCUAUCAGCGACUACAACAAGAAGUUUGGCGUCUACGUCGACUUCUGCGCCCGCCUGUUUGCGCGCAAGGAUACGUUGAGGAGGUUACUGUGA